AUGCGACUCAUCAUCCGAAAUCGUUCUGAGGAGGUAGCAAAGUACAUUUGCGAAUACAUAACCAAACGAAUUAAUAUUUUUGCCCCAACGGCAGAACGUCCUUUUGUACUCGGACUGCCCACAGGAAGCAGCCCUUUGCCCAUAUACCAUGCCUUGAUAACGGCAUAUGAACAGGGAAGGGUAUCAUUUCGCAAUGUUGUGACAUUCAAUAUGGACGAGUAUGUUGGUCUGGAACGAAACCACGCAGAGUCGUAUCACUCCUUCAUGUACACGAAUUUCUUUAGGCACAUUGAUAUCAACACGAAAAACAUCAACAUCCUUGACGGCAAUGCAGCUAAUCUAGCCGAAGAGUGUCUUGCAUAUGAGGCCAAGAUCAAAGCUCUCGGCGGCAUUGAGUUGUUCCUCGGAGGCGUGGGAAGUGAUGGGCAUAUAGCAUUCAAUGAACCUGGCUCGAGCCUGGCCAGUCGUACUCGAGUCAAGUCCUUGGCUUAUGAAACGAUAGUUGCCAACGCGCGCUUCUUUAACGGCGAUCUAAACUUGGUGCCGCGCAUGGCCCUCACAGUCGGUGUGCAAACUAUUAUGGAGGCACGGGAGGUAAUUAUCAUUGCAACGGGAACGGCAAAGUCGCUCGCUAUUCAACAAGCAGUUGAGAGCGGCGUGAGUCACAUGUGCACCCUGUCCUGUUUACAACUCCAUCCAUGCAGUACACUGGUGGUGGAUGAGGAUGCCACUCUAGAACUAAGAGUGAAAACAGUCAAAGUCAGUUUCUCAAUUCCUAAAACGGCAUUAACCCCUGACGAGACUCCUAAUAAUGCGUCAAUAUCGAAAGAGUUUCAAACAGGCGAUCUAACCCCAGAUAGCAUGUCAUCACGUAUUGGUGAAUUCAAGUUCUUAGCUGCUAGGUCGGCAACUAUACCACUUGCGCUCACUUAA